AUGAAUAUAAACACUAAAAUAUUUAUUACCUUUUCUUUGAUAUUCUUUAUAGAAAUUGUAUCAAUGGAACCUGCAAUUUUUGUAUUUCAAGAUGAAAAUAAACAUGAAUUUGCUUUUAAAUUAGUAGAUUAUAAAGAUAUCCAACAUGCCAGAAAUCUUAUAAAUGGCGAAACAAAACGUCCUCAUGUAACUGGUAACAUUGUAAUGGGUACCUCAAUAAUCAAUCCAACAUUAAGUUUCCACUUGAACCCAGAGUCAAUUAAAUUUGUUGACAAUGUUAAUAAAACUUGUGAUGUUUCUAUUCAUAAUCUUAAAGAGAAUACAGAGAAUAGUUGUGGAGAUGUACUAGAAGAUUGUUAUUGGUGUAAUGGAGCCAGCAAAGUAACAAAGGAAAUUCAAAUAAUCAAUUCAAGAUUUUAA